CCGGGACUUAUGGGACCCUUGGUAGUUUGUAGUUCGGCCUCCCUCCACGAGCCUCCCCCCCGAUGCACCCGCUAAUACGCUCCCCUCUAAUACGGUUUCUUGACAAGUCUCCCUCUUCUUACGUGCCAUACACUCAGCAGCCUGUGAUAUACUGUCCCAUAUCUAGACCUACGAUACGUAGCCAUAGACGUAGGUUACACCUUCUCCCUCUGAAUAAGCUUUAACGCCGCGCCGAGGACGACCGCGAAGACGACGACCUCCGCCGUCAGCGUCAGUCACGUGCACCUAGCACGUUGCCGUCCUCACCUGCCUAAUUACGGAAACAAGACUCAAAGGAGACAAAAGAGAAGGAGGAUGUCGAACUGUACCGACGAGACGGAGAACGCACCCCUGCCCAUGCAGGAGGCCCUCUCACCGGUGCAAGAGGGUCCGGUCUCCCCAGCGUCCUCGUCACUGAGCAACCAAAAUCAAAACGAGAACGAGCAAGUGCUCCUGGCGACGAUGCAGCCGGUUAACGUGUUGGACUUGCACGAGCCACCGACGCACUCGCUGCACCCGAAGUACCACCACCACCACCGGCACCAUCACCAUCACCACCAUCAUCAUCCGCAGCACAUGCAAUCGGGCGAUCAGGACGACCAACGUGCCCCAGACGACCAGGACGGCCGGGUGACUCCCGACUCGGCUGCGGGGGCCACCAAUCUCGGGGUGGGCGAGCACAAGAUGAUCGACCUGAUCUACAACGACGGUCAGAAGACGGUCAUGUACACCCACGACAAGGAGAUCAUCUACGAGAGCGAGGCCGAUCGGGUCCAAGUGGUGGAGUACCCACCGCCGCCACCCUCGCCUCCGUCCCCGUCGCCACCCACCGCCACCAGAAGUGGUCUUCUGCCCUCCAACUGCGUACCCCCCAGAUCCUCCGGCGCCACCACGCUGCAUCUCCACCACUACCCUCAACUGCAGUUGCAACACGAGGAGGACUUGCCGAGAGGCGUCGCCUGCACUACCGCCGCAGUCCCCAACGCCAACGCCACCACCACAACCACGGUCCUCGUCCUCUCGGAACUGGUGGCUGCGGAUCCCGCAGCCGGUGCCGCAGCGGCCCAGCAACUCACCCUCUCCGCCGCGGCCGCUGCCGCCUCUCUACGUGCCGGGUAA